AUGGCAUUGGUGUUGGCCUGUCUGAAGUCCAAUGAUUUCGAGGAAAAACCCUGUUCCCAGGUCAUUGAUGCCUUUAAUAAGUGCGUUGCUGCUGCGGAGUUGCGCCGGGAGCGAAAUAAACAGGCACGACAAUUGGGACACUUCAGUAACACAUCGGAUGAUCCUGAUGAGAUUCGCGAAACGGUCCUCCGUCGCAAUUCAAGCAACCACACCUGCGGGUUUGUGCCACCACGCUCUACGCCCCACCCUAAUACUGUCCGGUCGGAACAGCCGAUGUCCUUAACCCUUCCGUGGUUCCACCCCUCGAAUCGUCUCGAAACCAUGCUUUCUUAUCACAAUUAA